AUGUCGAUUAGAAUAUCUGAUACUGAUGUUUUUCAAAUUGAAAGUGGUAAAAUCAGAGGUAUUCAGUAUAAUAUCGACAAUUGUAAGAACUACGCCGCUUUUUUGGGAAUUCCAUAUGCUAAAGCUCCAAUUGGUGAACUGAGGUUUGAAGUGAGUUUGGAAAGAAAGUUCUUGUCAUUUUUUGUUUUGUAAAGAAAGUCCCUGCCGUUUUGUGUUUUGUAAAGAAAUUUAUUGCCAUUUUUUGUUAUGUAAAGAAAGUUCUUGUUAUUUUAUGUUUUGCACACGAAGUUCUUGCCAUUUUUUAGUUUGGAAAGAAAGUUCUUGCCAUUUUUUGUUUUGUAAACAAAGUUCUUGUCAUUUUAUAAAGGAAAUGAGUACUUGAAAAGAAAAAUUCCGAAAAACGUAUUUUACCUUAUUUUCAGAAACCUCAACCAGUCGAAAAAUGGAGAAAUGUUCGAAAUUGUAAGCAUUUUGGAGCCCCAUGCCCUUAUAAAGAAGUCCCUAACAGUGAACACAAGCCAAGGCUGGUUCACUCAGAAGACUGCCUGUUUUUGAAUGUUUUUGCUCCUUUGGCCAAUAAUCAGGUAACUUAACUUAUCAAUAAAAGUUUUUAAAGGGAAGGUAUGGCUAGAUAAGACUAUAUUUGUUUUGGCUGGUUAGACAGUUUAGGCUAAUUAUGACAAGUUAGGGUAAGAUUCCAUAAGAUAAGAAUAGUAAGGGCAGGUAGAGUAGGAGAAGGAUAGAUUUAAGAGUAGAAUAAGGUAGAGCGAAGUAGAGUAGGAUGGGGUAGGGUAGAGUAGGAAAGGGUAGGGUAAAGUAAGGUAGGGUAGGGUCGAGUAGAAUAGGGUAGGGUAUGACAACAACAUCGCUUAUAACCGACCUUUUCAGUACCACAAGCCCACCAACCUCCCAGUAUUUGUCUUCAUUCAUGGCGGAGGCUACGUCUUUGACAACGCCUCAACUUAUGGUAGCCACAACAUUUGCAAGAAUAUAUGUUCAAAAGAUGUUAUAGUAGUAACAAUUAACUAUCGACUAGGCAUUUUUGGUUUUCUAACAUUGAAUGAUGACAAAACAAAAGGAAAUUAUGGCCUAUGGGAUCAAACUGAAGCUUUGAAAUGGAUUCAAAAGAAUAUUGAGAGCUUUGGCGGAGACCCGAAUAAUGUUACAGUAGGAGGGCAUAGUGCUGGAGCGGCUUCUAGCGACCUUUUGGCUAUUUCACCGCAUUCUAGAGGUAUGUUUUGGCAUUUUUGAAUAUUUAUGUGAUUUUUAUGUCAUAUGAUGACAUUAAAAAAAAUUUUUAAAAUUUCAAAAUUUUGAUAUUUAGGUAACAAAUAUCUAUUUUCAAGAUUUAAACUACUCUAUAAACUAGUACUUCUUUAAAAACUUCAAAAAAUUAAAAAAUUUGAAAUUUAGGUAACAACCUCCCCUUUUCAGGCCUAUUCCAUAAGCUGCUACUCUUCGGUGGAGCUUCAAAAUGCGGCUUUGCUAUGCUGACUCCAGAAGCUAUUAAACGAAGAAUCUGGCAGUUUCUGAAGUCACGUGGAUUCACAAAAUCAGAAUCCGACUUCACUUCAAACUCAGAAGCCAAUGAAGAAAUUUUAACAUUUUUGAAAAAUCUGCACGCAGAGCAUUUGAAAUUAGGCUUAAUUGGACUGCCAGCGUUUAAAAACGAAUUUUCAAUGCAUAUUGCGCCUGUUGUUGAUAAAGACUUCUUUCCUUAUAACAUUGAGAGGUUGAGGAAGGAAGCGCCACAGAAGGAGGUGUUGGCUGGUGUCACUAUGUUUGAGGGGUUGAACUUGGGUAAGGAGUACUGAGUUUUAUCUUACCCUGUCUUACUCUAUCCCGCCCUACCGCACCCUAACAAACCUUACUCUACCCUCCUCACCAUACCCUACCUUACCCUACCUUACUCUACGACACCCUACCCUACUCUACUUACCUUAUGGUAAAUUUUUAUUACAUACUUUCUCAGUUUUUUUUGUCAUUUCAGCUAUUGGUCAAUCCAGUGAUUCAUUGAAAAAGCUGACUUUGAAGCAAAUUGGAUUUGGAUUGAAGCAAAAGAAUCAAAAACUAGUACAAGAGGCCUACAACAAUAUACUGGGCGUGACUAUUUUGAAAAGUGAUGAAGAGAAAGACAUUUUUCAUGUCAAUGUAAGCGUAAUUUUUUAAGUUUUAAAUGAAACAAAUCGACUGGUCAAUAAAUUAUUAAAAAAGGCAGUAAUACUCCUAUUUUCCUACCAUACCCUACACUACCCUACCCAACCCCUCUACUCCUCUCCCUACUUUACCCUUAUCCGUACGUACCCCUGUCCUACUCCUAUACCUACAUUAGUUAUGCUGUAGCUUUACCUUUCCUUACCUUUAGUCAAGUCUAAACCUAACCACACCAAACCCCUAGUCUAGGCUAUUUCAAGCCCUUCUUUAGCCUGAUUCUAGCCCACCUUAGUCCAAUAUUAGGUCUUUCCCAACCCUAGCCGACCCUUAAUUUUGUAAAAACUUAUUAUUUUUACCCCCGCCAACCAAAAAAUCGGUUUAAAUUUAAAAAUUUUCAGAUUUUGUCCGACUUUUUCAUAAACAAUGGAGUAUGGGAGAGUGCUAAAAACUGGCAUGAAUCCGGGUCAAAAGUCAAUUUGUUCACUUUCAAUUACAUUAAACACAAUAUGCUGGGAAAUAUGCAAAAGUUUUUGCCAUUUGAAGGUGAGUUAGACAAGAAAAGUGUAUAAAGUUGAAAAAAAAAGACUUAAAAUUAACAUACCCAUUCAAUUAGACCAGAAAUCGGGACCGCUUGGCCGGUCUGCCCCUUUACAGGUCUUACUACUGUAAUAUAACCUACUCCUGUCCAUUUACAGGUCUAAAUCUAUAAUAAUAUAAAUAAUUAAACAAUAAAUUUUUAGCCGCCUGUCAUGGAGUAGAACUGGCAUUUUUAUUUGGCGAAAAUUAUUACGCUGAAAUUCAGUUUGAUCGACAAGAUCUUCAAGUACUAGAUCGAUUUACCACUUUCAUUACUGAUUUCAUCAAAAUUGGGUAAAGCUUUAUUUAAAAAUUACAGACUGUGUAAAGCAACGCAGGAACGUCCCUACUCAUUUUUUAGCGGGGCAAGUAAAAGCCAAAAAUUUUUUUUUGCGAUGAAAAACUUUGAAAAAAUUCUAUUUCAAUCCACCCCUCCUAGCAGACUAAAAGAUUUUUUUGUCUUCAGCCCCUCUCAUAAUGAGAAAAAAUCUGUAGCGACGUCUUUGACCGUACUCAUCAUAAAAAACCUCAUUUUCAGUCCAAACAGCAGCCUAAAAACGCCAUUACUAACGGACAAAAGCCUCUUCAAACAUACACUCAUCAAUGCCAAUGCUAACAAAGAAAAGGACGACUUUUGCAGCCGUCGGCCGCAAAAAUGGCUUGAAUUCAAGCAAAAACUCCAUGAGACGAGCAAAUUGUAA